ACCCUGUAUUGUUCCUACGAAUUUCCACGAUGAACCAAUAGCCCAGUGAAACAAAACUCCAGUUUUGACAAGUCAAAUAGAGAUUUAUACUUUUGUCAACAUUUUUUAAUGUGUUAGUCCUCAUUCAGCGUCAAUUUGAGAUCAAAAUCCUGCAUGAGGUGAAUUUUGUGCGGAUACAUUUCGCUCAGCUACUUCAAGACUUCAUUCUAUUUACCAAAAGAACGCCGAGUGCCUGAGGAAAUUUAUUUACUUCGCAAUCACGAUGAUGAUGGAAAUCGGAGAAGCGGCUGCAGCGGAGGUCCAGCCAAAUCUGUCAGAAAUCGAACAACUAGUCACUGUAACUGCAAAUCGAGAUGCACUUGCACGGGGAAUAUUACAAGCAUAUCAGCCUUCCCUGGAACAGAUAAAGAAAGAAUUGGAUGAAUUAUUGAAAAAACAAGACAAUCUCAUUGGAAAAAUGCAAUUCGAAAACAAACAGUUGACUGAGACUGCCGAGGAUGGACAAUGCUGUGCAAUGUACGCUGUGAUUAAAACAUACCAAGACAAGUUGUUUCACAUCAAGAAAGAAAUGGGGAAUAUUCAUGAGAAAACUGUGAAAUUGAAGAAACGCGCCCUCCGUCUACACCAAAUUAAGCAGAAAGGAGUACCGUCAACAGAACAUAGACAAGACGAAGUAUCGCAUUGUGAACAAGAAUCCCAAAGAGAACCACCUUCGUCAUAGUUGGAAAUGUCAUCAAAAACAACCGUAAAAAAUAUUUUCUUGGGAAAGCUUUGAAUAUUUUGUUCUACGAACUCUUUGGAACAGGUUGGGGUUUGAAUUCGCAACGUAAAUCAAUUCCAUUCCACUCAUAUUGAAAGAUAAUGUAUUUAGUUACAAUAAAUGAACAUAAUUAUAUCUGUACAAAUGUA